UGGCAUUUUAAAGCGAGCCACUUUUGUUUCCAGUAAUGGACAUAGUAAACUUAUUUAGAACAUGGAUUCUGUUUAUACAGAUCGUUGAUGUGAAUGGAAAAUCAGCAUAUUUUCGUGUAAAUUAUAAUACUAUUGGUCAAGCUGCUGCCGAUACCUAUUGUAAAAGUAUUGGUAUGGAAUUGGCUAAGAUAGAUAAUAUCGGACUGCAUAAUUCAGCUGAACAAUAUCUCACAAGUCUGCUUAUUGAUGAACGAGUGUGGAUCUCUGCAACAUGUCACAGUCUGCCAUGCCAAUGGGGGGAUGGAGAGGUACUUGACUGGUCAAACUGGAGAUCAAGUUCCGAACCGACUGAUAACGCAUGUGCAGUACUUGAAAAUGAAAACAAUGGUUACCCAACUUGGCGAACACGAGACUGUUUUGAUGAAUUUAUUUCGUUGUGUAUAGCUCCAGUUCAGCCUUCCUUUAGCCUUCUCUCUGGAUUGUACAACUUUUAUGAAGCUUCAGUGGCAUGUCAGGCUAUAGGAGGACAAUUAGCUGUUGUGGAUAAUCCCGAGACAAUUGAUCGCGUCACGAAUGAGCUGUAUGGCAUACAUAUAUCAAGCGACACAUGGAUUGGUUUGUAUGGAAAUGGGAUCAACUUAGUAUGGCAAAAUACAGGAAAAGGAAUGGUUUACAGUAACUGGGAUACAUCUUCACCAAACACUGUUAAUGAUGUAGCAGUUGUGAUGACCCAACCGAACUUCAAAUGGACAGCACGACCGAUGACAGACCAGCUCAGCCAUGCUUUAUGUCAAGUAAACUUGAUGCCUGUACUAACGGGUAUGACAUAUGCUGCCGCAAAAGCUCACUGUGAGACAUUUGCGUUACAGCCUGCACUAUUAAGAUCUCAAGAGGAGGCGAUAAUCGUUAAAAAUGCGCUUUUUACACAAAACCUUCUGACAGAUGAUUACUGGAUUGGGUUAACGACGGACGGAGUUACCUUUUCCUGGAACGACGGAACACCAACAACGUUUACGGAUUGGAUGGUAUCUAACGGGGAACCGAACAACAUGGCAACAUCAAAGUGUGUGAAGGCAAGGGGAAGCGCUGAAUGCAAGUGGUACACAACAAGCUGCACUCAACUAUACCAUUUUCUCUGUCAGUCAGGCUGCAACAACCUAUAA